AUGGACGCUUCUUCUCCGUCUACCAAAUUAGUAGGAGAUGCCUCUGGAAUUUCUUCAACAACUUCAAGUCUUUUCACUGAUUCUGACAAAUUGACUUUUGGAGCUGAAAAUUUGAACACCCCGUCUAGCACGAUUUUAGCGAUUUCAGAAUCGACUUUGAGCUCCUUGAUCAUGAGCACUAGCCUGUCGGAUUUCACGUCUUCCGCUGCGCCCCAAACGUUCCCGACAGAACCCGGAGAAAAGAAAAAACAGACUAAAGAAGAAUUUUACUCUAUCUUGACUGCUCACUCAACAACUGUAAAUGCUCAAGAAGUUCGGAUGACGACUACUCUGCCAAGCUCAACAGGAAAAACAGAAGAGGAAAUGCCAACAGACACUUCUAAGGUUGAUCUGAACUCAACUAGUGGCAUUACGAGCAUUUUCAAGAUUCCAACUUUUUCACCUCCUACCGAAUCUGGAACGAGUGGCAAAGCAACAUCUAUCUCUGAACCUUUUCCGACUGGUGCUCCUAUCACGGAGUCUCCUUCGAUCUCCUCAGCUGGCAAAGAUUUUACUCAAUCAAUCAAAACAAGCAGCUUCUCAACACAAUCGAGCCCAGUUAGUCGCUCGGAUGGGUCGACUUUUGGUCCUGACAAUGGUUUCAGCGCGACUCCGACUUUGACCGUCGAAGGUGAAACGCUUGAAAGCUCCACGUUUCCUCCAGAUACAACUACCAAAGUAUUCUCAGAAGGUACACACACAUCUUCGAACGAGAAAAAAGAAACGACUAAGGCUCCAGAAAAUGGCUUCAAAAACACGCCAAGAUUAGAACAAAUACUUGGAGCGUCAACAGAACGGCCGUCGACAGACAUAUUCAUAAACAUCACAAUUUCCGAAACACCAAAAGAAGAGACGACAACUGUCAAGAGUGAUUCGAGCACAAAAUCGGAAUCGGACGAAAGCCCAACCACUGACAAUACUUUCAAAAGUUCGGAAAAAUCUUCUGCUGUUACUGAAAAGAUUUUGCCUGAGGAAAUGAUAGAGCCGCGCUGGACAGGCUCAGCAGACACUUCUACGACAUCUGAUUGGGUCACAGAAAAGAGUUCUUCUAGCUCAACUACGGGAAGUGCCAUUCCCUCGGGAACUUCUUCGAAUCAAAAUCUCACCGCGGAUCUGACUCAUCCUUCAACAGCCGCUACUGGCUCAUUUCAUCAGAAAGAGGAAGGUGAACCAACUGAAAAGAAAGAUUUUGGGAACCAUGAGUCUUCUCCAACCUCAUUCGAAAGCUUCCCAAGCUCCACCACUGAGAGCUUCGAAGUCCGAACGUCCCUACCUGCGAACAAAACAGUCGAAGGAGACUUCGGAAAGGAAAAUCUUCCCACAAAAACAACUUUGAGGGGCAAUAUUGGAAGUUUCGAAGCCAGUACAGCUCCUUCUGAAGAAACAACGUUUUCUACUGGCAAUAUUUUCGGAAAAGAAAGAAUCACCAGCACAACGAAACCUGUAAUCUCUGCAAAUAGUAGUACUGAGUCACAUAACAGUCCAGAAAGCUCCACGGGAGGCAGUUCAACGCUUUCCGUGUCGACUGAAGAGUCGAGUGGGCUGAAAGGAGCUACAAGUCAGGAAAACUCGCAAACUUUGAAAGAAAGUACGUCUGUGACCGAGGCCGAAGAGAGCACUACAGGACCCUCAAUCCUUCAAACAAAAUCGGACAGUUCGAUUUCUCCCGAAUCUCAAAGAUUUGAAACGGAAACUCUCGAGAGCAGGACGGAAACCUCUCUUGAGACCACAACAGCUCGACCGAAAUUGAUCGAUUUCACUGACAAAAAUGCAAGCACACCUUCUUCUACGGCUUCUAACGUUGAGUCGACUUAUCCUCCGCAUGAAACGAAAGAAGCUGAAAGUAGCACGGUUAGCGGAUUCACGUUUAGUACUACCAGCGCUUCGAAUCUUCACGCGGGUGACCUGAGCACAUUGUCUACUGAAAGCUCGACGACUUCAAGUAGCACAUCGAUGAAUGCGGAAAGCUCUACUAAUGAUCUGGGAGAAGAGUUACCAACUACAACUUCUCCCCAUCUUGAAGUGACUAUCAGUUCGGACUUGUCCUCAUCAUUCUUCAGUGAAAGUUCAAGAGUUGCCACUUCCUCGCAUAGUCCACCAUCCCCGAACGAAAAACUCCCAUCAAUUUUUCCAAGCAGUACUUCAAUUCCUACUUCGACUCAAACAAUCGUAAAUAAAGUCACGUCUGAAACCUCUACCACUAACAUUUUGAGCACAUCGGCUGAAAUAAAUGAGGAAAACCUCUCUACAAAGCAAACUAUUAUAGCGACAAGCACACCUAAAGAAAGCCCUACUGACGAUCCGGAAAUCAACCCUGAUGCAACCGAAUUGAGAACUUCGAUUUCCACUGAGAGCUCUACAGAGCUGUCGAUAAAUGUUACAGCCGAAAAAGAAGAAUCAUCGAAUUCAAUAACUUCUGAAACACAUGAGAGAACUACUGCAAAUUUCACGCAAAAAAACUCAACUCUCGUGCCUGCUGGUAACGGCUUUGAACAUUCCACAGCGGAUCCAUCUUCAGUAGCAAAGCUCGAUGAAAAGAAAAAAAAAGAGAAUUUCAGCACCAGAGGACUCCCCGAGGUUUCAACGAUCAGUAUCAAAACUGUCGAUGAGACUUUGGAGUCUGAGGUUUUUGAAACCACCCCAUCUUUGUCAACUCCAGCUUCUGGAGAAGCAGUUACUCAAAGCUUCGAAGCAACCUCUCAGUUUGGAUCGGCUCCUACUAGUUUGAACGAAGUUUCGUCGUCGAAGAGAACUUCCCCGAGAGGUCAAAAAGACGAAGUCCAAGAGACAACGUCUUCAAACCCUGAACUCGAAGAAACAACGAAAAAAGGGACCUUUGAAAUGCUAGAAUCGUCUACUCAACCCAACUUUUCAAUUGAACCUACAGGAUCGGAAAAUUUUUCCGUUGAAAAAACUACAGCUGAUUCAAAAAUGGAAAACAGCUUGAGAAGUAUCAUCCCUGAGGGAGAAGAAGAAGAAUCUGCUGCCUGGGAAACCAGUACAGGAACGCCUUCCAGUCCUUUAACAGCAGCUUCGAUGUCAGGAAACUUCGAGUUUGGAAAAAUUAGCUCAAGCGCAACUUCUGAAACAGCAACUCAGACGGUUUCAUCGUCGUUGGUCGAAACAACUCAAAAAACGGGAUCAAAUUUCGAGAAUACUUCGUUUCCAACCGCAAAUUUGACUAGGCCGACCGUUAACGUUAUUGAAAAUGGGGAGUUCACGAGUACCGGUGCAUCUAAUGCAGUCACAACCGAUGACUCGUCUCGGACUUCGACUGGCAGUAGUUCCAGUCUAUUAGGAUCUUCGAAUCCAAUGACGAAAGAAGCGGUCAAAACUGAAACGUCAGCAAGAACCUCGAAGCUGACCACAGCCACCAUUGAUAUUGAUCUGGAGACACCUCAAACUUCCGAAUCAGACAAAAAUAUUCCCAGCGCGAGCCUUUUUGAGACCACACUCCGAACUGCGUCUCCCCCCUUACCAGUUGAAAAAGAAGAAGCUUCGUCAGCAUCUUCUUUUGUUCCAACUCAAGAUGAAACUUCUGCUCGCUUUCCCUCUUCUUCUAUUGGCACGAUUCCUGAAAAUCAAAGCUCUACCAGAAUGCCGAUGGCCAAAAAAGAAGUUGAAGAUGUUCAACCAACUCCUUCGAAAAUGACAACUGGGGAAGAAGAACUCACUUCAGAAACGCCUUUUGUCCUCGUCUCUGAUGGAAACCGAAUUCCUACUCAAAAUGAAACUUUUUCUAACAGAACGCCUUCUUCCAAUGGAGCCACCUUUGAAAUGGAGAAUUCCACCACCUUUUCAAUAAUGAACGAAAAAACUGAAUCCAUACAGACUACAUCGUCUACCUCAGUUAACAAACUGAGUUCUGAAGGCCCAUCUGAUGCGAAAAUGCAAAAUGAAACUUCUUUCAACACCACGCCCAAAAGUUUAAUAUCUUCUUCGACUAGCACCUCAUCUGAGAUACAAAGCAGAAGCACUUCGAUGCGGAACCUCGGAGGGACGCUCCUGCCAGAAAAAUCUUCGGAAGUAGCUUCCAGCUCAGCAGUUCCCGAUUUCACGUUGUCCACUCUCACUGCGUUGCCACCCUCUUCACCAGAAUCUUUCACAGCAUCCACACCUUCAACCCAGUCUGCAAGUGGUCCGCUCUUUUCGUCACAAGCAACAGCACUACACAAAACCACGUCAGGUACCGUUCACACCGUCACGAGCUCACGUGAAUUUGAAUUUCUAAAUAAUUAACAUUGCCUUAACUUUUCCGAACAAUCUAUUCAAACGUUUUGAAAAUUACGAGACAAACUUCAAAGCACGUGUGCAACGUUUUUCUAAUAAUGUAAAGAGUGAACUCUAACUUUAAAAAUCUAUUUAAUCAAAGCACGAGUGAAAUUAAUGAUAGAGUCAAAAAAGGCCGUAUAAAUGGAAGUCCGUAAAUUAGUGUCAUUCACGGAAUAACAGUUCAAAUCAAGCAUUUAUUUCACUUUCAGAAAAGCUUUGUUGACGGAGAGAAAAAUAUUGCAGUUCCUAAACUCAUUUACGGAGCGUAAUCUCUCAUUUAUACGACUUCAUCCUAACAGAAUCAGUAAAAUACAAAAAAAAAAACGAAUAUUUAUUUGGAAUUUUAAUUAAAUGUACAGGUCACCGCGGUCCUCCUAGUGCUACGCCGACAGAGGCUCCAGAAGUUGUAGAAGUGACCGAAAAUGCGUACGGAGUUCAAGUAGAAGAGACGACGACCAGAAGUCCCUCAUCCGCUACAAAAACUGCGAAUCAGCCGACAGAGACCUCGACUGGAGCUGUACCUCUCUCACUUGCUCCGGAAAAAAUGUCGACACUUCAGUCGACGACUGGGACAGAGACAUCGACGACGGAGAAGACGUCGAGCUCAGAGGCGGCUUCGACCUUGGAGACGACGACGCUCCCUGAGUCAUCCACCCAAAGUGAGUGUUUUAUUUAUUUUUUCGCAACUCGUUUGUUGGGAAAACCUUUUUCAUUUUUCAGGCCUUUGCGCAAAGGCGAGUUGUCACGAACUGGCUGUGUGCGAGGAAACGACAGGAAAAUGCUCUUGUAGAGAAGGAUUCGAAGGAGAUGGCGUCAACGGCUGCAGGUAAUAACUGCAGUUGGAGAGUUCAACCCAAAGCCUCAUUUUGAAGCAAAAAAGCGAGUGCCGACUGCCUUUCUCUACCUUCGCUGUGCUCUUCGCACGGUUCCUGUGACGUCACGACUCGCAGCUGCAAGUGCGACGCCGGCUACAUCGGAGACGGCUACUCUUGCGAACCUCAUCCACAAGAUUGCGUUCUCCGUCCGAACCUCUGCGGUCCUGAAGCGAUUUGCAUGGGCCGACGCUGCCAGUGUCUGCCUGGCUUCACUGGUAAGUCUGUCCAAAUCAACGAAUAUCAUCUUUUCGAAUCAAUCAAAAAACUUAAAACCCAAACAAAAUAUUUUUGUUCUCAAAUUAUCUCAAUUUUUAAAAUAAUUUCAUUCUUAAAGUGUUGGAAAUGUAUGAAGCCCUUUUCGUGCGAAGACUUUGGGAUCAAAAAAAAGGUUUUCUUCGUUUUACUUAUCAGAAAACAGAAAAUGUUCCAUUGCAGACAAAGUUUCAUCUCAGAUUGCAUUUUUGAUUGCAGGCGACGGAGUCAAGUGCGUCUCGAUCCACGAAAGAGCUUCCAAUUGCACACAGUGCGACUCCAACGCCCACUGCGUCGGCGGUACGUGUGCCUGCAACGUCGGCUACUUCGGCAACGGACUUUGCUGCGUCCCUGAUCCGCUCGACUGCGUCCACUUCACCGGAAUCUGUCAUCCUCACGCCGUCUGUGAUGCCGAGUCUCGCCAGUGCAAGUGCUCCUCAGGUCCGUUCCUAACUUCGAAUUCAAUACUACUGUAACUAAAUUUUAUGUGGCACAAUAUUGUAGGGAAAUCGAUGAAUGACAUUGAAAAUUUUUAGAAAAAAACAUUUUUUUUUCAAAUUUUUUUCGUUCUGCGAUUUUUUUCAAUUUCAUGUGGAUUUAUAAAAUGGUCUUGUAGUGUCAGAAGUUUCUUUGAUAGUGUUUCUUCCUAAUAUGGGCAUGCGCAAAUUAAACGAUUGAAAGAGGAAAUUAUUGAAAAAAAAACACAUUAUGCGACCAUAAUGGGCUUUUCAUUCGAGGCAUUCUCCCGGAAACUUCAAAAAAGCAUAACUUUCGGAAUGCUGACUGUUUUGCAUUGAACACCUACUGCUCACGAUUUUUUGCUAGAAAAAUUGAAUAACCUGCGAUUUUUAUCAACUUCAUUAGUUUACGUUAAAAACAUCUUUCAAGUUAUUCUGGAUUUCCUUCAGGAUACCUCGGCAACGGAAUCUCGUGUUUCCCACAGCGCUCCUGCAGAACGGACGCUUCGGUUUGCUCUCCGCACGCCAUCUGCCUUCCUACGGGAACUUGUGUCUGCCGUCACGGCUUCGAUGGCGACGGACACAUCUGCGCAGCAGGUCGCGUUUCAGCCAUUCACACAUCUCAAUUCAUGAAGUUUGAAGAAAAAAAUAACUCGGAAUUUCAGUGGGCGCCAGUCAGAAGCUGGGUCUGAGUGACGUUCCGACGUCUUCUUGCGUCGUUCCUUGCGACGAAGACACUCAGCUGUGCAUCUCCGGCGAGUGCAUCUGUAAACAUGGCUUCAAAGCCGUUGAUGGAGGCCGCUGUGAUGGUGAUUUUUCCUUUUCUGAGUACCUUUCAUUGAUUAUCGUAUUCAUCGUCACAAUCGAUCACUUCUGCACGAGCUAUUUUUCCAGACGUUGACGAAUGCGCUGAAGGAACGGAUAGUUGUGACCGACUUGCGAAGUGUAGCAACACUCGGGGAUCUCAUGUCUGCACCUGCCCCGACGGCUUCAUCGGCGACGGUACUUCCUGCAUCCCACACGUCAACUCCGGCAAGCUCUCAGGUAGCUCUAACUUUCUUUGCAGCCUCUGUGAAAAUGAAGCUUCAGUGUAUUGUGAAACUGAUGGAAUGACGCUGGUCCUCGGCAACGACACUGAGCACUUUGAGGGAAGAAUGUUCGUAAAAGGCCAGGCCGAGAAUCCUCACUGCUCCAAAACCUUCACAUCUCUCGUCAACUCGCAUAAGCCCUACAUCUUCAAGGUCUCCUUCGAGCACUGCGACGUCAACCUUCUCGAAAACGUGAGUCAUCAUCUCAGUUUCAUUCCCAAACUCUCUUUUCAGCACACUCUGGCUUCUACCGUUGUCGUACAGAAGCACGCCAUGUUCAUCACAACCAAGGCUGACUCCUACGACCUUCGUUGUUCUUAUCCCAUCGGAACUCGAAACGUUUGAAAGCAACAAAGAACAUCUUUUCAUCGUUGAAUCGUUUAGGUGGAGUCUAAACUGAAUGUUUCUGAACUAUCGACAGCGUCCACGCUAACAGACGCCAAGAACUCGCCGGUCUGCAAACUGACCGUCACCAACCACGAGGAGCAGUUCAUUUCCUCCGCAGUCGUGGGAGACUUUCUGCGGCUCAGCCUCGAAGUCAUUCCCAACAGUGAGCACAACUCUACUCGCUCUCCCUAACUCUAGUUGCAGACACCUUCACAAUCGUGCCUCGCAACUGCUUCGCGGUCAACAUCGAAAAUGGCGAGCGGUACACGCUGACGGACGAAAGCGGCUGCGCGAUCGACGAAAACCUCUUCCCACAAUGGACCUCUGUGACGCCGGCACGCACUCGCGUCGUCUUCCGCACUUUCAAAUGGCCGGACAGCUCCAUGAUCCGAUUCCAGUGCGACUGCGCUCCUUGUGUGGGAAAAUGUCCUCAGGUUUGUUGCCUUUGAGAAAGGAGAUUCCGAGUAAGAUUCAAAACAUCGUUUUCAGCCUGACUGCAUGCAAAAAGAAGUAGACGCUUUCCGCUUCAGACGUCAUUCUGCAUCAGACGAUGAGGCUGAAGCAAGUGAAACCGUCGUUGUAAGUUCCAUCUGGCCUCUGAAGACAACUUCUGUGUGUUGCAGAUGAGCGGUGUUCAAAAACUAGCCGUGUCCUCGAUCAUCGCUGUCAAGGACCAUGCCGAAGAAGCCAUGAAUCCUGAGGAAGACGGCAUCGUCGUCCACAAGUGGUACAGAGGCAAGUUUUGACGUCAUCUUUCUCACUCAGCGAAGGACCUUUCAGAAUCAUUCAACUCUGCGGAGACCUGCAUGAGCUAUGCUUCGGCUGCAGCAGUAGCCGUGCUAGCCGUGAUUUGUGUCGUGCUCCUCAUCGCCAUCCGCAAGUCGGCACGUCUUCCAAAGCCUCGACUUGGCUCAUCAUCAGACCUUUCGCGUCGUAUUUAG